AUGUAUUGCUGUAAUGGCCAUAACAAUCAUGAACAACAACCAUCCCCCCUCGCUAAUUUGCCACUUCUUCGGUGCAACCAUCAUUAUUCACCAGCUGGUAUUGAUCAGUUAAAUGAUAAUGGAAGACGUAGCGGAGGUGUUUGGAUAUACUUUUGUUUCAAAUGUAUGAUGAACUCAUCAUCAUCUGCCCGUCUCAACCUGCAUCAACAACCAUAUGUUUCUCAUGAGAAAAAAGUCCCGGAAAAGUUAUGUAGUCAUCGUACAGAUGAUAUACCAACCGUUCGGGUUUAUUGCAAGGCCAAAACUGAUUACUCUCUCGCCGCCGGUGAUGGUAAAGUCAUUCUUGCACCAUCUAACCCUCUUGAUCCUCAUCAGCAUUGGAUCAAAGAUGAGACAUUUGGGAAAGAUGUCAAGGAUGAAGAAGGCUUUUCAUCUUUUGCUUUGGUGAAUAAAGCUACUGGCCAUGCCAUGAGACACUCCACUGGUGUAAAGUAUCUGGUUCAGUUAAAGGAAUGCAACCUUAAAAAACUAGACAAGUCUCUUCUUUGGACUAUGGGCAAGAAUUUAGGUGACGGUUAUAGGCCGCUUAGAGCAGUUGACAACAUUAGCCUGAAUCUAGAUUUAUUUGGUGUCAAGGAAGGCGGCCGGGUUAAGGUU